AUGGAGACGUACUUCGAGAUGGUCAUCUACACCGAGAUCGAGAAGAGGAAGAUAUCUACGUUUCUUCUUCAGGGUGAGGCACGAGUGUGGUGGAGCGGUACACAGAGGGCUGUAGAUGUGUCCGCCUUGACAUGGGAGGGUUUUGUGGUGCUCUUCUGGGAUCAGUACUUUCCACCUAUAGUGAGGGAGCAGUUGGAGCUUAAGUUCAUUACUCUAGUUCAGGGGAAUAUGAGCGUCAGAGACUAUGAGGCACGGUUCUCCCAGUUGUAUCGGUUCGUUCCGCAGAUGGACGUAGAGUCCCUAGCCAAGAAGUUUCUACGGGGACUGAAGCAUAGGAUCAGGGAGAUUGUGUACCCCUUUAUACUGCCUACGAAGGCACUCAUCUUUGCUAGUGCUAUGGCCCAUGAGCAGGAGGCCAAGAUGCAUGAGAGUGAGACCUUUGCUUCGAGAGAUUCCCAGGGAAAGGGGAAGGCAGUUGCCGGGAGUAGUGAUGAGAUGGACAGUCAGGGUAGGUCCUGGAAGAGACAGCAGACUCAUCAUCAGGCUCCAGCUAGAGUGGCAGUUGCACCUGUUAGGGCUGCACCUAUCAGACAGGUAGCACCGGCCGCACCUUUGAGAUGUUUCAACUGCGGAGAGGUGGGCCAUUUUUCCAGGGUGUGCCCGAAGGCGAGGACUAGAGUAUGCUUUACUUGUGGACAGGCACGGCAUGUCGCCAGGGAGUGUACCAGACCUUAG